AUGUCAGCUUCUUUGUUCCUCUCAAAAGAGCUUGAAGUCCUAGCUCCUCAGCAGCUAUCCAUGCUGCAAGCUCAUCAUCCUGCAGCUUCCUUUCAUCUUCUACUAUUCUCUCCUCAGCCUCAAGCUCAUCAUCAUGCUGCAUCUUCUCAUCUUCUGCUUUUUUCUCCUCAACCUCUAACUCAUCAUCCUACCGCUUCCUCCUGCUGCUUCUUCUUGUUCUUAGCUUAUGAUAUUCUCUCCUCAUCCUCAAGCUCAUCAUCCUGCCGCAUCCUCUUAUCUUCUGAUUUUCUCUCCUCAGCCUCAAGCUCAUCAUCCUACCGCUUCCUCUCAGCUUCCUCAUCAACAACGUUUCCUCAAGCUCGUGAUCCUGAUGCAUCCUCUCAUCUUCUGCUUUUCUCUCCUCAACCUCUAGCUCAUCAUCCUACUGUUUCCUCUCAGCUUCCUCCUGCUGCUUCUUCUUGUUCUCAGCUUCUGCUAUUCUCUCCUCAGCCUCAAGCUCAUCAUCCUACCGCUUCCUCUUAG